AUGCGAGGACUAGAACAGACCACCAUAGAGGUGGCCCCUGGAGGUGUUCUGCCUUCAGAGAGGUCUGUUGUAAAGUCACAACUGUGGAAAGAGAAUGCAGAGAAAUUCUUGAAGGGGGAACCCAAAGUCCUCGGGGUUGUUCAAGUUCUGAUUGCUCUCAUAAACCUCAUUUUGGGUAUAAUAAUCAUGACAGAAAUAAUAGAUGUGACCUCAGCAUUUUCAGUGUACGUAUAUGCCCCAGUUUGGGGUUCCAUCGUGUUUAUAAUCUCAGGAUCCUUGUCAAUUGCAGCAGGAAUGAGAACUACAGAGGUCCUGGUCACCACCAGUCUAAGUUUUAACACCAUUAGCUCUGUGGUGGCUGCAGCAACAAGUAUAAUUGGUUUCUUCAGUGUACUUAUGAGUUUACAUUUCACAAAUUCCAACCCCCUGACCAGGGGUAUAGAUUUUUUGAUGUUCAUUUUAAAUAUACUUGAAUUCUGCAUUGCUGUGUCCACCUCUGCCUUUGGAUGUAAAGCAGCCUGUUGUAACACCAGUGAGGUUGUUGUAAUUCUACCACCAAAUCCUGCUGUGUCUGCAGCGGCAACUCCCAUGUUACUUCAACCAUUGGCACCACCAGUAUACCAAGAAAGAAAUGUUCCAGAAAAUAUAUAUAAGAAUUGCAUUUGAG